GUGGCAUCUGCUGUCGACGCCUCCUCAGUCUCACCGGGUCGGACAGGAGGACACCUGCCCAGUUGACGAGGAGAAUUAAGCGUUACGUGCGAGGAAAAGCUUUCUAAUCUCUGAUCGCUUGGAUUAUUGCUCCAAUGGACGGGAUUUAGCCCCUGUCUGUGGUCUUUGGCCGCUAUUUUACGCACAGCGCGCACCGCUUUUUUUGCGGUCCCUUGGCAUUUUUGCACGAUGGAUUAAACACUCAUUAGUUUUAACCUAGUUUUUGAUUUGUCUUUGAACAAUUGUGGAUUAUUAAUGGACUCGCAUCAUGCUAAAUGAUGGUGAUCUUUUUCUCCCUGCAGCGCGCAGCCGUACAUUGGAUUAAGAGCCAGAGCCUUUCCACAGCUCCUGGACAAAGCGCCAGUUUGUUCUGCUGAGACACUUCGACUUGUUUUCCACCUUGUGACUCGCAGGGAUGGAGAGUGAGCUGAGACCCAGGCUGUGUUUCCUGACUAAAGGACAGCGCGGGUAUGGCUUUCACCUGCACGGUGAGCGGAAUAAAGGCGGACAGUUCAUCCGCAGAGUGGACCCCGGCUCCUCGGCUGACCUGGGCGGGCUGAGACCAGGAGACCGGGUGGUGGAGGUGAACGGCGAGAAUGUGGAGAAAGAAAAUCACCAUCAAGUGGUGAAUCGUAUCCGGGAGGUGGAGCACCGCACCAGGCUGCUGGUGGUGGACAGAGACACGGACGACUACCUCCUUAGCCAAGGCCUGGCCUGCACCGAGGACCUCGCCGUCGAGAUGGGAACCCUCUCCCCGCGGCCCUCGCCCGCAGCCACCCCUUCCUCUUCUCCCAUCCCCAGAGAGUGUUUACCCAUGUCACCCAACCACACACACUCAUUUCACCCUCCUGCUGCAAACUCCCCCACUCAUGUGAUUACACAAGGCAAGGUCAAGAGAUCCUCAGUGACAUCAAGUACAACAACUGAGACAGAGUCUCAGUCUGAGCCCUCACCAGAGUUGACAACUGGGCUCUUCCCCCGACUGUGUCACGUGGUGAAGGGGGAGAACGGUUACGGCUUCAACCUGCACAGCAAUAAGACCAAGCGUGGCCAGUUUGUCCGUUCUGUGGACCCUGGUUCAGCUGCAGAGAGCGCAGACAUCCGGCCUGGAGACAGACUAGUGGAGGUGAAUGGAGUGAACAUCGAGGGUCUGAAGCACGCGGAGGUGGUGACCCUCAUCAAAGCAGGAGGAAACGAAGUCCGCCUCAUUAUGGUCGACCAGGAGACGGACAAGCUCUUCCACAGACUAGGGAUCACACCCACCACCCGCAAUGUCAAAGAGAUCUAUGUGGACGAAUCGGCUUCAGAAAGCGUCCCACCCACUCCGUCUCCCACCACUGAACCGCCAGGCACGGAUGCACCAAUCGUCAACAUCACGCUGAUUGACUCCCCCGAUCACAAAGUGUCUCCAAAGUCCCGCACCAAUGGGAGCUCAGCAUCCCAGUCUUCUAGAAGCUCCACCACCCAAUCAGAGAUCAGCAGCUCAGACAUGAGCAUCCAGGUCCCUGAUGAGGACGACAGGCGUGUUUCAGACCCUUUCAUGGACAGUGGCCUGCGACUGAGUCCGACAGCUGCUGAGGCAAAGCAAAAGGCCCUCACCGGCCGCAACAAAAAGAGAGCGCCCCCUAUGGACUGGAGCAAGAGACAAGAGAUCUUCAGCAACUUCUGACCCAUUAAGGAUACAUUGACAAAACACAGAAGAAGCAUGAGGAUUGCAUCAACGAGGAAUGACAUCAUGAUCCCUACUGUAGGUGUAGGCGUAAUCAUAAGUACAGUACCUCCAUCUUAAGAGACACAAAUGGAAGAACGAUGCAAAAAGAUAAAAAUCAAGUAGUUCCAUUUACAUAAACUGUGUAACAAUUCAGGAGCGAAGGAGGUGGAGUAGAGCGUGCUGGCAGCACAGAAAUGGGACAGUCUGGUCUACAGAGGAUUUCUGUGGUCUGCAUCACCAGCCUGUCCCAUCCUGUCGCCGAGCAACAAAGCUGCAGUUGGACAUGACGAGAAAGUUUUAAUGCCUGUUGGGUUUUUUAACAUGUCAGCUGUUCAGUUGAAGCCUGAUGCAUCUAAAAGUAUUGGAUGUUUUGGUCUCGUCACUUGCCUGUGCUAUUAUCCCUUUGAAAAGCAGUUUGCCACCUAAGCGCUAUGAAUCCUGGAUUCACCCGUAGGGAGUAAAGUGACGGCUCCAUUUUAUGGUCACAUUGAUGUGAAACGCAGCCUGUGAUGGAGGCGGCCCCUGAAUUGGGACACAGCAGUAGUCACAUUAAUAUAGUGCUAUUCUUAAGUUCUGUUCUGGGUAAAAACACUUUUUAUUUAUCUUCUCUAGAGACUUUAUAAGGACAAGGUCACGUGCGGCUGUGUCAUAAACUUUACACCACGCUGCACUAAACAAGGACAUUGAUGACCAGCACACCAUCAACUGAGAGACUUUUAAAUUGAACCGGUGCCUGAUCAAGACACAGUGUUUCUCUUUAUUAAAACAUAUGUCAGAGGCAUGAGGAGUAACAUGUGAGUCUAUAGCCUGUAUGUUUUCCUGCUGUAUCACUUAUAUGUAUCACUCAUAUUUUCAGCAUGUGUCUGUUACUUUUCUUUUUGAAGUUGGAGUUUUAUGUCUUUUUCGCUUUACUAUGAGUUUGUCUCCCUGCUAUAGUUGUCUCUGAAUUACUGUUUUGUCAGUUUAAUGUAGAUACAAUGUAAAAACAUGUAAAAUGUAAAUGCAGAGACAGUGGGGGAGGCUAAGUUGUCACAUGUAUGUUUGAUCACCUCAGUGCUUCUCUGGAAUGUCGGGGAUUUCUGUAAAGGAAAAUAUUUAAAAGUUAUUGACUUGAUAGGAAAAAGGUCCACAUCGAUCAUUUCUUCUAUGUUUUUCAAGGACAUUGAUCAGGUUGGUUGGUCAGUCGAUCAAUUGAUUGUCU